AUGCACGGACCCACGGAAUGUGAUCUGAAUCGACUACAGAAUUGUGCAAUUUCUACCCUUAGAAAUGAGUCAUUAUUAAAGCUUAUUGAGUGUGCUACAACACAAACGGGUGAACUAUUGAAUUAUUACUCUAUGGUGAACACACAUCGCGCUGGAGUUAGGAUCUGGCCAACCAUGUACGUAAAUGGAAUCUUCUUCGAUCGAAGCUAUCCUGUAGAAAACAAGCUUUGCGAACAGACUGCAUGGUGUUAA